AUGGCAUCCAAAUCCUCUAGCAUCUCUGCCACUUCACAAGAUCAAGGUGAUUCUUCCAACUCAAAAAAAGUGGCGAUCAUGAAGGAAAUCGGACAAGAUCAACCCUCAAACUCCAAUUCCAACAAGCCCAUCGAUGUCGUGAAACUAUCGAAAGAGGAUUCGGUUGUCGGAUCAAAGGUGCAAGAGCGAGAUUUUAUUGGCGGUCCUAUUCAAGUUGGUUCAUCAUCUGGUUUUCCAAGUAACAACAACGGAAAGAAACAUAAGAACAACGGUAAAAAGGAUAAUUCAAAUUCCAGGUCUUUUUCAUGCUCCUUUUGUAAGAGACAAUUUCCUACUUCACAAGCGUUAGGAGGACACCAGAAUGCUCAUAAGGCAGAACGCACUUUAGAAAAGCAACGGAAACAAAGAUAUAAUAGUGGUGCUUUAGGUUUAGGGCAACCUCACUUUAGCCCUUAUUAUAGUUAUCCAAGUACUUAUUUUACAUCUCCUUAUUAUAGGGCACUUGGGACUAGAAUGGAGUCCUUGAUUCAAAAACCAUCUUAUUUUAAACCUAGGAUUGACCCCCCAUAUAGGCUUGGGUAUGGUCAUGGUGCUAUAUGUUUGCAAGAGACAUUAAAUCCUUCUCUUGUGUCAUUAAGAAAUAUGAGAGGUGGUAAUAGCGGAGUUGGAAAUCUAGAUAUUGAUGGUACAUCUACUUUAAGGAUCGAAGAUGGUACAAAUAAUAAAAUUGGUGCUAUUCUAAAAUUUGAAGAUUCUUUUACAAAUAUUGCUACAAGUUCAAACUUAGACAUAGGGAAAAAAAUUGUUGUGGCUCCUACUCCUAUCAAGGAUGAUAUUCAUCGAUCAAAGUCCAACAUUGAAGAAGAAAUCUCCAACUCUGACAAAUCUUUCGGGCUUGAUUUGUCACUUAAGCUUUAA